AUGAAACCAGGCUGCAGCCUGGCAUGGUGGCUGGCAGUCCUGCAAUGCUUGUGGUCAGGCGUGCCAGUUCAGCUGUGUGAUCGCGCCCCGGCGCGUGCACAGGCUGUCUGGCCAAGCUUGGGCCGACACGAGCGGCGCAGACUGACCGAGCAGCUCAACAAAGCUUGGGCAGGCCCGGCACAGCGCCGUGCCAGACUGCUGCGUCCUCGCUUGCGAGCGAGUCGUGGCCGCCGGCACGUGCGACAAGGGCAGGCCCCGAAGAACUUGCCUACCUGGCGGGGCUGGCCGCUACGAGGGCAGCGAAUCGGGGAAGCUCAGCAUCCAGGCCCCGCGGCAAAGGAAACAGAGCACGAGGUCGUCAUCCGCAAAGAUUUUUGGACGGGGCUUCUGGAUGCAGCUCCCCAAGCCACUCCCAAGGAGAGCAGACCUAAGUUCAGCCAAGUCGAGUGGGAGGCAGCCGCAAAGAAAACGUAUCCCCAGACACUGACAGCGCUGCUGAACGGCAAGCCCGUGCUGCUGCCCAAAAAGCUUGCGGCGCCGUGGCGCAGCUUCCAGCAGCUAGACGUUGGGCGCAGGCUCGACAAGGGGCCAAAAGACAGAACAUCUAACAAGCAGCUUGCAGCGACGGCAGCGGCUGGAAUCUAUUGCUUUCCAGAGCACAACGCCGGCCAGGACAAGCAACUGCGGCACGACCUUGACACAUGGGACGGUGGCUCGUUUUCCCCUUCGCCGGAAGAAGUUCAACGCUGCGAACAAGACUCCUUCGAAGAGGACCUCAUGUCCGAGGUGAACUACGAUCCAUCCACUGAGGAAGAGGAGGAAUGCGUUCCGGGUUGCGCAGAGGAGAGCAGCGCAGACCUUCAAGCUUGGCACUUCCAAGCAUCGACGACUCUGACGACUCCAGCAAGCAACAAGAGGAGACGGCUAUGGAAAAAAACGCCGCCGCCGCGCGUCGUGCCGGAAGGCUAUCAGGCAAUCCUUCCCGAAAAGCUGCCAGACUCCAUCUGGGCCCGAGAAGCUAAGGUCUCCGUGUACACAGUGGACUUCAAGACCGCGAAGAACAAGCCUCUGAGUUUGCAGCCCCUCCAGAUCCCGGAACUUCCUUGCACGCAUCCAGAGCUCUUCUGCAUAACGGGAAAAGAACAAGGCCAAUGCUACUAUGCCGCCAAACCUCUCUGGCACAGCGCCACAGCGCGCGCGGUUCUACAAGCAUGUGAGGAUGUGCAAACGGCAUACAAAAGACUGCCGUUGCUUUUGUCGCCCAGCACCUGGAAAACUGCUGCCGGCAUCCUCGCAGACAAAGCGAACGACAUCUGGUGCGGGGACACCCCGGUGACAGAUGGACAGAGCGAGUGCAGCCCUGCAGCGGCAAAGAGAAUCGGCCUUCUGCCGCCGGACGCAGGGCCGGACAAGCCCUGCUUGUACUCGCCGUUGCAGAUCCGAGGGGUCUUGCCUUUGAGUGCCCUGGAGUGCUGCCUCUGCAAAGGCAUGCUAGUUGUCGAUGUGUAUCUCCAGAAAGGCAUAAGGCUUCGCAAGGAGUGUCGAAAAGUGCAUUGGAACCGGAGUGACCCCAACAUAGAGCACGGCUUCGCUGUUACUCAAACUACGGAGGCUGCCAUGAAGCCGGCAACCAUCAACUCGCAGGCCGCAGCGGCUCUAAUGAUGCGUGCAUGCAGCCUCCCAACGGCGGUCGAGAGGCGCGUGGCCAUCGCAGCUCUGUCGAGCUUGGUGAAGCAGUUGCAAGAAGACACUGUCGAGCAGUUGAAGUCGGUUGCUUGGGGCUUGCCCGAUGGCACGCGGAAAGCUCGCAAGGGAGUAGCACGAGUGCUGCACGACUCGCCGCCGUCGCGAGCGGCCGCUGGCCUGGCAUCCCAAGAUGCAGACAAGGAGGUCAUCGAGCGUGUGCCCCAGCAUCUACUCCGCGUGCGGCUGUGCGAAGACGACACUGAAGAGCCGGCGGAGAGCGACCGGAACCUCGUCACGAAGACCGUGGCAGAGGCGCAGCAUACACACAUCAGCAAGGGAACCAAGCGUGCGCUGCUUGGUGGCGGCGGAGCCUUCAACGGUGCUUUAACACAGCAGCGCAACGACCCGCACCUCACACUGGCGGGAGGUGCCUGGGUGCUUUUCGCUCUCGCUGACUGCACUGGAGACCUUGAGGACCGGCAAUGCUGGAUCAUUAGUGAAGGCCGCUCCAUCGUCGGUCCGGUGGUAGUCUGGAGGGUGCCGGUGGCGGGUCCCAGCGAUUUCCAGAUUUGGGAGGCCCGACCAUGGCCGCGCGACCUUUGGGCUAGACCGAACAAUUGCUGCGUUUGCAGCACAAAAGGUUUGGGCAUCACAGCCUUGGGCGGUGGCGACUAUGACGGUGACACCAUCUUCGUCACGGCCAACCGAGGACUCCUCAACUUCAUCGACCAGACGGAAGAGGCCGUGCGCAACUUGCCGCACGCGGAGGCCGCAGGCAUCAAAGAAGUCAUCGAGAAAGAGCCGCGGACGGCCUGGUCUGCAAAGAACCUUCUCCAGCGAGCCUCCGAAUAUGUACGGCAUGUGUUGAGAGUGCCGACACUGAAUGUCCGUGGGACGGCCACACGGUACUCGGAGCUCGUCCAGGACGGGUUUUCCCAAGCCGCCGUAUUCCCGAAGAUUUGA